AAAAAAAAAAUUAUUGUAGAAGUUUUAGAUACAUAAAUAAAAGUUAUAGAAGUUUUGAUGAUAAAAAAAGAAUCCAGUAUAGUCCUGUGAGAUUGAAUAGAUUAAAAAAAAAAUUGUCGUUGAUAGAAAUACUGUAUAGAAAAAUUUAAAGAAGCAUGCAUUAGGGAAAUGUUUCGAGAAGCUAGCUUAAAGUGUGUAAUAUAAUGCAAGUGUGUCGUGGGUAUUCCAGUUACUUGUGUUUGAUAUAUGCCAAGAAAGGGAAAACUGUUAUGAUUCAUAUUUGGCUUUCACUUUUUAGUUAUUAAUUAUUUACUUAUUUAUUUAUUUAUUCAGGUUGGUUCCUUUUUAUAAUUUUUUUUUUGAUAUCCACAUUUUUUAUUAAUCCUUUAGUUGAUUAAAAUAUUUUUUAGAGCUGUGGGUUCAAAUUUCUUUAAGUAAUGGCACCCAAUUUCUGCAUCCCCUUGCCAACUCAAAUUUACCUUUACAGCAAAAUCAUCUUCACUUUUACCAGGAGUCACAGCAACUCAAAACAAAUAAAAGUUAAGAUAGGAUGGCGCAGUUUGGUGGUGGGAAGGCGCCUCCGCCUUGGCAGCAGAGGUCCCAGACAACACCUCAGCUGCAGCCUUCUCUCUUGGGUCAGCACCCGUCGGCCCCAAGUCAGCAGCUGGUCCUCGGGGCAGCGCCUCAACAGCCCCAGUAUGCCCCCGUUCAACAGAGCAUGAUCCAGCCCCCAGGGUUGGGAGGUCUCCAAACCCUGGGGCAGCCCACCAUCACCCAGCAGACCAUCGGCCAGCCUAAUACGGGGGGCAGCCUCAUGGGCCAACCCCCCAUGACCAGCCAAGCGCUGCAGCCCCCCAGCCUGGUCAACCCCACACAGAUCACCAAUUCACAAAUGCAACCACAAAUACAGCCUCAAAUACAGCCACAGGUGACGGCCGUGACCUACCCAGCUCCGAGGGCUUUGGCUCCCCCUGGUGCUUUCAACCCAGCAGCCACCCCCAGCAACAUGGGUAACAACAUCGCCCCCAAUAUACAAACCAACAUACAAAACAGUAUAGCCAACACCAACGCAGCGCAGCAACCACAGAAACAGAGGGUGUUCACGGGAACAAUAACAAAGCUGUGUGCGGAUUUUGGCUUUGUUGACGAGGACGUCUUUUUUCAGACAAGUCAUAUAGUGCACAAGCCUAUUGCCGAUGCUAUGGCUUCUGCUAAAAAAUUACCACUUGUCUGCAGAAAGUUGAUGGAAGGCCAGGGUCAAAGUUCAAAGUUCAAACUCAUGCCCAAGAUGAAAUUUGGAUUAGAAAUUUCCUCUCAUCCCUACUCUUCCAGGAAAGAAGCCAACGUUUUGGAGCUUAAGAAACGAUACAGCAACCUGUACAUCCCAUCUGAUGUGUUCCUGGCUCGUCCUCUUUGGUCGGACACAUUCCCUGCUCACAGGUCCUUCCAGUUCCCCCGACCGGUAUCCUUCCACAUCAUGAACAAAGAGGUAGAGCCCGUUCUGGAGAAUGACGCUAUCUAUGAUGCCCCAGAUGCCAACCACAGUUUUGCAGCCAAGGUCAUGCUAAUGGCGGUCCCAGCAAUCGAGGAUAUCUUCCGGAGAUCAUGUGCCCUGAGCGAGGACCCAAGCGACAUCCGGGAGUGCUUUGUCCACCCGACGCGGCUCAUCAACUUCCUGGUGGGGCUGAAGGGCAAGAAUGAGACAAUGGCCAUAGGGGGGUACUGGAGCCCCUCCCUGGACGGCGCCAAUCCAGACAGAGACCCAAACGUACUCAUUCGCACUGCCAUCCGCACCUGCAAGGCACUGACAGGCAUUGACCUGGCAGGGUGCACGACCUGGUACCGGUUUGCGGAGAUUUACUAUCGCCGAGGAGAGUCUACACACAAGGGCCGGAGCACGCCUGCCCGGGUUGAAACCACUGUACUAUUUCUCCCAGAUGUUUGGAACGUUUGCCCCACCAAACUGGAGUGGGACGGCCUCCACCUCAACUAUAAACGGCAGCUGGACAAGAAGCUCUCCUCCUCGGCAGGAUGCCAGCAGCAGCCAGAGGACCAGGAGGAGGAGGAGGAAGACAAGGAGGAACAACCCAAGAAGAAGGACCCAAGCCAUUAUACUACGCUAGACCCAAAGAGUAUGAAGGUUGUUGAACUACGCUCAGAAUUGGAUGCCAGGAUGUUGAACAGUAAGGGUCUCAAAUCACAGCUCAUUGCCCGGUUAACAAAAAUACUGAAAAAUGAACAAGAAAAAGAAGAGUCAGAGAAGGCAGCAAAUGCGGAAAAUGCUGAAGUUGAUGAGGCAAGAAAGAAGGAAGAGGAGGAAAAACGGAAGGAAGAAGAGAGAAAAAGAAAAGAGGAGGAGGAAAGAAAAAAAGAGGAAGAGGAGAAGAAAAAGGCAGAGGAAAGAGAGCGGAAUUUGUUAGAGAAGCGGUACACUCUUCCCGACCAGCCGAUGAUUGUCGUUCACCCAUCGAGAACGGCAAAGUCCGGAAAGUUCGACUGUACAACAAUGUCCCUUUCUGUGCUGUUAGAUUAUAGACAGGAAGAUAACAAAGAGCAUUCCUUCGAAGUGAGCCUCUUUGCCGAGCUUUUCAACGAGAUGCUCAUGAGGGACUUUGCUUUCCGCAUCUAUCGUUCCCUUGUCGAGGCCCCGGAGAAGCCCACAAAAGAGGAUAAAAAAGAAAAGGACGACAAGAAGGAAAAGGAGAAGGAGAAGGACAAGAGAGAAAAGGAGAAGAAGGAAGACAAAGACGAAAAGGAGAAGAGGGAAGACAGAGACAGGAAGGAGGAAGAAGAAGACAAGGACGAGAAAAUGGAAGACGACAAGCAGGGGGACAAGAAGGACAAGAGGUCAUGUGAGAAGGAAGAUGGGAAGGAAGACAAGAAGGAAGAGGAAGAAGAAGAAGAGGAGAUGGAAGAAGACGAGGAAGAAGAGGCUGACGACGAGGACUCCAAGGACGAGACACCCGGCAUGAAAGUCGGGGAAACCAAGGAGAAGGACGAGAGGAGGGACAGCAAAGACGGCAAGAAGAAGGACGACAAGAAAGACCGGGAGAGGAGGGAGAAGAAGGAGAAGAAGAAGAUGGUGACCAUAGACCCCUUCCUCCUGCUCUCCUUCGUCUACUUCGACCAGACGCACACGGGCUACAUCAUCGACCGGGACCUGGAGGACAUCAUCAACAUGCUGGGGCUGAACCUCUCAAGAGCACAGAACAGUGUACAUGCCCUCCAAAAAGCCAGGCAAAAGAAACUCAUGUCGAAGGUGAUGUCCCGCGACGUCCUGCACUACCGAAAGAUGACAGACGUGUCCUUGGACGAGAAGGACAAGCCGAGAGAUCCUCCUCCCAACAUAGACUUAGAGUUUCUGGCGAAAGGUAACAACACCAUGAUGCCAGUGUUCAUAGAUGCCUUAAGUACCCCAGUGGUUGGGGAUAAGGUCCUAAGAAAGGGCUGUAAGAAUAAGGAGGAUUCCUUUGUCUCUACAACAUUAAAUGACAGUGACAUGAAGGAUCCAUCUCCUAUAGGUUGCACAGUUCCUGUUACCCAAGGGGUGGUCAAGUAUGGAGGCUCGUUAGUCGACAUUGGCAAACUGAUUCAGCAGCUGGAGAAGUCAGAGAACGCGCGUAGCAGUACGGAGGAGAAGUUGAAGGAGCUGCAGAAGGAACUGAUGUUCAGCAAAGACGAGUCAAAGAAGGCUUACGAUAAGUGUAGUAAGCUUAACAAAGAAAUCAAGAGUGCCAAUUCUAGUCUGAAAACAAUGGAGGAAGAACUUCAGAAAGCUAUUGAGGAUAACAACGUCUACCAAAAGGCUCUCAAUCAAAUCAAGUGUGUCAUCAAGCCCCUUGUAGCUGGUGUCGACCUGGACGAGGAGGACGUCACCAUGAAGGACAUCACAAGAGACGAACUCAAGCUGAAGCAAGAACCCAUAGGGAAUGGGACGGUGGACUGAUCUUACGGGAUUGUUUCAUGCUUGGAGCUCUCAAGGACGCCGUCGCCAAAUGCUCGGUCGGACGUUCGCAGGACCAGCUCAGAACUCGACGUGGAAUUUCUAAGCCUCGAGAAACACUCAUGAAGGAAAUCUCGUGUUGUUUUAGGGAGAGCGCACUUAGCCUCAAAGGUGUUUUUUUCUAGCCAAAACAAUGGUCCAAGUGAGUUAAUAAUUGUAUAAAGAUACAUCAACCAUUACCUCACCCAAAGAUUGAAGAAGUUACUUAGUCUCUUGGCACAGUAGCACUUAGAACUGCAUGCAGCGUAUGUCAUUUGGUUAUGUAAGCACCAGUGUAUAUAUUGUGGGUUUGUGUGCAAGUUCUGGAUAUUCUCAGGUUUUGAUGAUUAAUUUGAUUGUUGAAAUAUUUAUGACAGUGACACUAAUUAUGAGAGGGCACUUGACAUUAAGUUGCCAUAAAGCCAUUUAUUUUCAUUAUGUGUAUAUAUAUGUAUGAGUUAAUGUAUAUGCUCAA